AAAUUCAAGUGACGUCAUAUUUCCUAUUUGGCAAAAACGUAAACAUUGCGAAAGGAAAAUCCCCAGCAAAAUACUAAACGCCAAAUCAUCCUAACUGCUUCGUUAUCUAAAGAAGCGAUUCAUUGUUGUUUGAACACUGUGGUUGUGUUAUAUAUCGGUAAUGAAGACGUUCAAAGAGAGGCGAAGUUUUGAACAAAGAAGGAAGGAUGUGGAAGAGAUUCGUUGUAAACAUCCAAACAAGAUUCCAGUCAUCAUUGAGAGAUAUGAGAGGGAAAGGACUCUGCCUCUACUAGACAAAUCAAAGUUCUUAGUACCAGAUCACGUGACCAUGGGAGAAUUGGUCAAAAUUGUCAGGCGACGGCUACAACUCAACCCCAACCAGGCUUUCUUCCUCCUGGUCAACCAAAAAUCCUUGGUCAGUGUUUCAACUUGUAUCUCCGAGGUUUACCAUGAUGAGAAAGAUGAAGACGGUUUCUUGUAUCUGGUCUAUGCUGCGCAGGAAACCUUUGGCUAAAGGAUUUGCUCUUGAGGUAUAUCAUGGACUGAUUACAGCAAAAUGAGUGUGUGGGACUACUUGUGAAAAAUUUGAUCUUUGGAGAUCACUGAUUAGCUGCGCCAAAGUGAGGUGGCUGCAUGGACUUGAAUGAUUUUCAAGAAAUGAUGAACCGACACAAGAUCGUAUGUUUGGGACUACAUGUGUUGAGUUUGAAAGCUUUAUAUGACAUUCAUGUUUAGAAUUCAAAGAAAUUCUUAUAUGUUUUUUAGUGAAUUUUAUUUCAGGAGAUCAUCAUGUCUUGGGGAAAAGAUUUUGCAAAUUUUAGGAAAAAUUAAAUUCUGUUUCACUUACAAGAUUCAGGGCCGGUAUUCAAUAUAAAGUACUCAUUUUGGUGGCAUAUUACUGAGCAAUUUACUUUGUUGAGCAAAAUGCUUAAACUCGUAUUCAGAUCACAUCUAAGUAUUUUACUUUAUCAAAGCCAAAACCAUUGUGACAUCAACGUUUGAGCUAAAACGUAACGUAUGAAUCCAUCUGUGCGCAGAAUAUAUGACCGUGCGUAUCACGAUUGUAAACUUCACGCGAGCCAGACUUAAGCCUGGUUAGUGGCUGACUUAGAUUUAUGCAAAAUACUUAGUUAAAACAUGCAAUUGAAUACAAACGAUAGAUAAGUAUUUUACUUAAGCAAAAUACUUAAGUAUCAAAUUGAUUACCGGCCCUGGUUCUUUAUUAGGUGGUCAACAAAAUGUGAGUGUACCUGGCUCUUGUGAUAAAGUUAUACACCCUAUAAGGAUAAGAAUGGGUUAGGUUUCUGAUUUGUUUACCACUAUUACUGGUAUGUGCUUUGAGGAGGGAAGCCAUCAAAUUCAUUAUCACAUUUACUUGGAAAGAAAACUAUCAAAAUACCCCCUAAAAUGAAGAAUUUCUGUGAGACGAUUUGUAAAUUAACCCCCGAUAUGAAAUAUUUUUUGGAAAAAAAAAAUGCUAAUAGACCCAGAUUUCAAUAAAUUAUAAUGAAUGAAUAUAUACUGUGGGAACACUGGUAGCAAAUCAUAUUUAGAAAAGGGUAUGAACUGAUACCACAAAUGAUGAUAAAACUUCAAAGUUAUAAAAAGAUAAUGUUUUAAUUUUUCAGUACUUGGAAUAUAAAUAUGAUUGACUCUUUUCCUACUUUUUGUUGUACAUACUGUUCAUAUAUGUGGCAAAUAUGUAUUUACCCUAUUUUACUGUUAUUACUAUUUUAUCCAACCAAGCAAGCAUAUUUCAUAUUCCUGUGUUUGUUGAUUUUUUUUGUAUAUGAUUAGAUUGCCACUGCUACUAAUGAAAAGACUAAAGCAUCAUGGAGAUUUCUUGAAUACAUGUAGCCAAAAUAGUUUUAUGAAUCUUACAUGUAGAUGUAUGUUGCAUUUAUAGCCUGCCAUUCUUAUUUAUUAUAUUCUUAUUUACCCUCAAAUGAUUUCUUACCUUUAAAGAUUUUGAUUGACCGAUUUACUUCUUAGCAUCGUGACCAUGGUAGUUACGGUACCUUUGAUGGCAAAAUUACUUGCAACUUUUAUACAGCGAGGCUCUGAUUGUGCAAAACUUGUCAUUUCUUCAAGGUCAAAUUCUAACUCUUAGAUAAGAGAUUUCUUGGGUCCCUAAAGAUUCAACUAGAUUCACAGCUAGUUCAAUGUCAUCAUUGUGAUUAGUGAACAACACUAAUUGUCUGUAUAUUUUGUAAUCUGUAAA